CCUUGUAUAUGUACGAUUGUAUUUUUUCGCGUCCAUCAUCGUUAAAGAUAUAACUGUCAUUCGUACAUUAAUUUUUAUUCCCUUCAUUUUUUAACUAAACAAGAUUUAUCACAUUCUCGCCCAACCUUCCUAAAAUGUCCCUUCGAAAUAAGUAAAAUUAUUUUACAUCUUCCUCACUCCCUUUCAUUAAAACCUCCCUGAAAACAUACCCUUAAGACAAGAAUUACUCGAAACGAGAGAGAACCAAAAUGGAGGAAGUGGAAGAGAGGAGGAGAAUAUGCAGAGAAAAGAGUCCAGAGAGGGGCAAAGUGUGCGUGAAGCCAAGAGUGAUGAGGCCCACUUUCAAGAAACUGCAGAUUGUUUAUUAUCUCUCCAGAAAUGGCCAUCUUGAGCACCCUCAUUACAUGGAACUCACUCAUCUUGCUCAUCAACACCUGCGAUUGAAAGAUGUUAUAGAUAAGCUGACAGUACUUAGGGGUAAAGCCAUGCCUUCUCUCUACUCCUGGUCUUGCAAAAGGAGCUACAAGAAUGGGUAUGUUUGGAAUGAUCUGACUGAAAAUGACGUGAUUUAUCCAUCGGAAGGGGCCGAGUAUGUGCUCAAAGGAUCUGAACUUAUGGUGGAGGACAAAGUGCAGCAGCAGCAGCAUCUUCAAUUAGGACCACUUAGUACCCUGCAGUCCCCAAAUUUACAGCCAAAACACGCCUCAAAGCGACACGAGGAAUUUGUGAACAGAAACUGUCAACGGCACAGAGGAAUUACCGAGCAGCAGGAAAAUAUAGAUGAAGACGAUGAUGAGUAUGAAGAGGAAAUUCCUCCGACCAUUGAAGCAUUCAAUCAAACACCUGGCGCGCACAAAAAUAACUGCCAGUCGGAGUUAGCGAUCCCCAACGGCGGCGGCGCUUCCUUGUCGCCACCGUCCGCCACGUCAUCGACCGGGUCCGAGAAGAACGGUGGGAGACCCGGCGGAGGGGAUCCGGUCGGGGCGGAGCCGCUGCUGAGCCGGAACUCGAUGCUGCUCAGCCUCAUCGCGUGCGGCGGAUCGGCGUCGUUCAGGAAGGCGGCGCCGCCGCCUACGACGCCUCCGAGGAGGAGCGGAGGCGGGGUGGAUCUGCGGAGGGAGGCGGUUCGGAGGGCGGCGGCGACGGAGGACGAGACGGCGGCGAUGAUGAUCGGGUGCAUGUCGGAGAACCCCCGUUUCGGCGGGGUGACGGUGGAGGAGAAGGAGUAUUACAGCGGGAGCAUUGUGGAGGCUAUGGCCAACGUCAGGGUGGAGACGGAGGCCGCCGGUGGACUGAAGAAAUCGGCAUCUCACAAUCAGGAAAGGAGCACGAUGGCAGGACUAGACGGAGCAGCAAAUGAGGAAUUGGAUAAUGACAAGUGCUUGAUAGGGAAAUGCAUCCCAAUGAAAAAGUCAUCUUCCAAACAACCCAGAAAAUAACUUCAUAUUGUCAACUCAAGUCCUUGCCCAGAUUAAAAAAAAAAAGAGUUUUAAUUUAUUGAAUUAGCCGUGAUAUAUUUCAUCCUAGUCAAUGCGAGAAUUUAUGCAAACCAUGUGCGCUUUUCAACUAUGUAAUGCUGCAUCGGCAGCGUACAGUUGAUGUGAUAUGGCGAGUUUCGAAAUGGAAAACAAAAAUUAUAAAAAAUCGUUAUUAUUAAUGUUGUCACAUCUUCUUUUAUGGGUAAGGUGUGAAUUUACUGGACUAAAAUUUAUUUAGUUGGUGGUUUGGUUGGUAAAUUAAUUGUGA